ACUCUGACCUGCCUCUCUCAUUUUGUGAUCUGCAUUAUCAUCCUGGUGAGCUGGUGUCACUCGCCAUGUCAGUGAGAUGGCUAGCCUUGGCUGCUUGCUGUGAGCAGGAUGACAGAGACAUUCCCUGCGGAUUCAAGUGAGAGCUACCCUUCUUAAAAGGUUGGUCCUGGACGCCUAAGUAUUUUUUUUUCUUUCUCACUUCUUAUCGCCUCCGUCGCUCCGACAAGAUUCACAGCCCUUUGUUUUGAAGUUGCUAUCGUUUUCUUAUACUUGCUACGGGCAAGAUGCAUUUCAAAGCCAGCCUUCUUUUGCCGCUGUUGGCAGAUGCUGUCCUAGCACGCAGUCUCGUAGGGGAUUACCAGAAGCCCAAUGUCAACCGAGCCGUUUCGUAUGCUGUGAAGGAACCACCGUUGACAACGGACUGGACCUACAAGGUUGGCACAAACCCAUGGCCCGAAUAUCCCCGGCCUCAGCUUCAGCGCGCUGAAUGGCAAAACCUGAAUGGAAUCUGGAAAUACCAAGAUGCCGGCAGCUUAGAUGCCCUCAAUACCCCUCCCUUUGGUCAGGAGUUGGCUCAAGAGGUCUUAAUCCCUUCUUGCCUCGAGAGUGGCCUUUCUGGAAUCCUAGGCACUAACACGAUAUUUUCGUGGUUCUCUACCUCUUUCAAAGUUCCAUCGUAUUGGUCUGGACAGCAGCUCCUACUCAACUUUGGCGCAGUGGACUAUGAGGCAACUGUAUUCGUCAAUGGCCAAAAAGCUGGUUUCAACCGCGGAGGUUACGCUCGCUUCACCGUGGACGUGACGAAAUUCGUAUCACAAGAUGGAGAGAACGAGCUGCUCAUUUUUGUGCACGACCCGACGGAUAGUGACGGUGUUGUGAUUCCAAUUGGAAAACAGACCCUCCGUCCCAGUCACAUCUUCUACACUCCCUGCAGUGGAAUCUGGCAAAGCGUCUGGAUUGAGCCUGCCGCCGCGGCAAACUACAUUACUCAGCUUGAUCUUGAUGCUAAUAUGCACGGCCAAGUUAAUGCCACAGUUCACAGCUCCAGUGGAAAGAGGACGGCCGUUACAGUUACUGUCUCUGACAGUAAGACAAAUAAACAGGUAGCCUCUUACAAAGGUUUCUCAGAUUCUCCAUUCCAGUUUACCGUCUCCUCGCCCAAGCUGUGGUCCCCUGACUCCCCGACUCUUUACAACGUCGCCGUCAAAAUGGGCAAGGAUAAAAUUACUAGCUAUACUGGAUUCAGGACUAUUGCCAAAGGUGAAGUUAACGGAGUCGUUCGACCCAUUCUGAACGGAGAAUCUAUUUUCAUGUUUGGAACCUUAGACCAAGGUUAUUGGCCCGAUGGAUUAUACACCCCUCCAAACAGAGAGGCGAUGGUAUUUGAUCUGGAAACCCUGAAGAGUCUCGGUUUCAACAUGCUCCGAAAACAUAUCAAAGUCGAAUCUGACUUGUUCUAUCAAGCCUGUGACCAAAUGGGCAUUAUGCUCAUUCAAGACAUGCCAUCUCUCGGCACGAGGCAACCAAAUGCAGAGCAGCAAGAAGAGUUCACUCGUCAGCUUGAGAUUUUGAUCAAUCACCACAAGAGCUACCCAAGUAUUGUAACAUGGGUUAUUUAUAACGAAGGCUGGGGCCAGUUGAUCGAUGGGUAUCCUGAAUAUGGCCUCACCGAUCUUGUCAGGUCGCUCGACCCAACACGACUGAUUGACGCCACCAGUGGAUGGCACGACCAUGGGGCUGGAGACUUCAGCGACAACCACCACUACGCCAAUCCCCAGUGCGGCACUCCUUUCUAUUCCAUUGCAUCCACCCCAUUUGACCCCACCCGGAUCGGUUUCCAGGGAGAAUUUGGAGGAGUUGGACUGAACACUACAAUCGACCAUCUCUGGAAUGACCAAAAUGCGAUCAAUGCCAUCAACCAAACCUACGAGAUCAACGAGUCGCUUGAGGCUUGGAAUUACCGUAGCCAUCUCCUUCUCAGCGAGCUUCUGGAUCAGACCAAGAUGUUUUCAUGCAACGGUGGAGUAUGGACGCAGACUACUGAUGUUGAAGGCGAGGUUAAUGGGCUCUUGACAUAUGAUCGUAGAAUCCUUAGGACAGACGUCAAGCAGUGGAAGACGGAUAUUCAGAAUCUCUAUGACGCUGCUAAGGCCCGACGCACCACGGCGGGCAUAGAUUGGGCCUAAAGAUAACUACACUGGGCCACAUAACUUAAUAAUCUCAGUGUAUCCGUUAGAACCUAAAUAUAUAUAUAUGGUUUUGGG